AUGACGCUUUGUUUUAUAUUUUUGGGAUUAAUUUUAUGUGCCUUAUUAAUUUAUGUAUUACUUGAAAUACAUUAUUUUAUGAGAAUGUUAUUGGUUUUGAUUUGUUCGCUUUUUAAAGAAAACGUUUACGUAUUAGACGAAUGCACAAUGUCAGGUAUUUGUUUAACGACGGAUGUGGAUGUAUUACUCUUUCACAUGAAUAAUGCUAGAUACGUACGUGAAUUGGAUUUUGCAAGAUUUGAUUUUUUUAAAAGGACGGGACUUUUGAGUAAAAUAAAAGGAAAAGGUGGAGGAGUCGUUCAAGGAGGAAAUUCAAUUAGGUAUAGAAAGUAUAUAAGGCCGUUUACCGUGUACCAAAUAAGAAGUAAGAUUUUAUAUUGGGACGAUAAAAAUAUUUACAUGGAACAUAGAUUUAUAACUCCUAAAGACGAUUUUGUAAGAGCUAUCGCAUUGGGAAGGCACAGAAUAAUAAAUUGUGACGUCAACGACGUCAUGAGAGAAUUAUUACAAGGAAUUUUAAAACCCUCACUACCUCUCGAAUUGGCUAAAUGGAUAGAAUGUAACGAAAUAUCAUCGUCGAAUUUAAGAAACAAUUUAUGA